AGUGUUGUUGGCAACACCGUUGUCUGUAUGUCAUUUUCUUUGAUUAUUUUCAAUUAUUUUGUUUUAACACUUUAAAUAGGAGAAUUAUUUUGUUGUAUUGCCAAUAUUCACUUCAACAGUUCAAGAAAGUGGUCCGAAUUUCACAAAUUAACACAACAUUAUGGAUAAAUGUCGCAUAUGCUUGAAUAACAGAAAGACUAUCAUGUCUAUCUUCGAAAAUGUUAAGGGAAUGUGCUACGCUGACAUGAUGACUGCUAUAGCUAAUGUUAAGAUUUCGAAAGACCAACAGAUAACAGAUAAAAUAUGCCGUAUGUGCCGUCGAAAACUUAAAGAGGCUUAUGAAUUUAAAAUAUUAAUAGAAAAAUCUGAUGCAACUCUCUGUGAAAUUACGAAUCUAAAGAAAGUCAGCUUCAAUAAUCUAAAUGACAUCAAAAUCAAAAUCGAAAUUGAGAACAUAAUAGAUUCAAAACCUUUGGUACCAAAUUAUAAUGAUUUCAAAUUGUGUUUUCAAAAAGAUAUAAAUGAAUUACUCUAUGGUAACACUGUUAUAAAGAAAGUAGAACAUAAACAUAAAGAUGUCAGUAUGGAGCCUAUGCCUGGGAUUAAAUUCGUCAAAACAAUUAAAGAUGAACCUGAUGAUCAUCAUUUUGAUGAUGAUUAUGAUAUAGAUCAAGAGAAUUAUAGUCCAGAGAGUGACAGUGAAUAUCUGCCUAUUCAAGAACUAUUGAAAAAGUCUAAGAGAAGGCGGUACCAAAAACAUAAACAAAAGAAAUUAAGAACAACAAAUAAAGAAAGAAAAGUCAGCAAAACAUAUAGGACCAAUAUAAAUGAAGAAAAGAUGACAACAUUCAUUAAACCAAUGAAACCAAUAUACAUAGGAGAUUUGAGGCUAAUUCGUACUUAUCUCAAAAAACCAAAAGCAGAAACGAAGAAACAAAAAUAUCAAGUUAAGGCAAGAAUCUGCCCGCAUUGUGGUCUGCUCACUAAAUCGUUGAACUCUCAUAUGCUACAACACAUAGGAGAAAAGAAGUUCAAAUGCGAUAGGUGUGAGAAAGCUUUUUUUACCAACAGUGCUUUACAAAAGCAUUUAGUUAAACACUCUGCAACAAAAAACUACAAGUGUGACCAAUGUACAGCUGAAUUCCACGAAAAUGUUUCUCUGAAAAGUCAUAUGCUCACACAUUCUCAAGAAAAGAAGCAUGUGUGCGACGUUUGUAGUAAAGCAUUUAAAAGGAGAGGAGCUUUGCGUAGGCAUCUUCUGAUCCACUCAGCGAAGAAAAUAAAGUGUGAGCAGUGCAACAUGUCGUUCAAUACGAAGUAUAACAUGCGACACCACAUGCGAGUACAUACCGGGGAAAGACCCUUUAACUGCGAAAUCUGCUCGCAACCUUACAGCUACAAGCACGAUUUCAAUAGGCACUGUUUCAAAAAACACGGCGUGUUCCUGAAAAGAAGAUCUGUUUACGUGAUGAAUGAAGAGGUUCUAAAACAAGAAAAACAACUCAUGAGAGAUUUAAUGUUACGGGUGUCUGGAGUAAUCAAAGAUGAUAAACCUUUAAAUCCUUUCGAAGGACCACAAGCCGCUCGGGCUUUUGAACACGCUGUGAAAGCUUUGGAAAAUGGACAAAUACCUAUAGAUUUCCAGUUGUAG